CACUUAUAAUAAUCUCUGAGAUACCAAACGUAAAGGCAAUAUUUGCUGGCAGAUAUGCACACAACGCAAAUUUAAUAGAUUCGAGAAUUUAUUAUCUUGGUGGUAUUGAUGAGCGAGAUAAAUUGUUGGACGAUUUCUUUUUUUUGGAUGUUUCUGGCGGGACGAAUUUUAAUGAUUAUUCGUUUCAGAAUUUCCCAGUAGAUAGGGCGAAUCCAGGAAUCUCUUGGGGAGCAACAAUCACUACACAGCACUCAAUAAUUUAUUUGUAUGGUGGACUAAAAGCAAACAAUGAAGUUUGGCAAUUGGCAAAUAAUAGUUAUUCAAUUGACGUAAAAAACAGUCCACUAUGGACUGAAAAAGAAAUUCCACUAGAAACUGGUCCAGCAGGCCGUCGUAGCAUGACUUCAAUUAUUGAUAAAGCCGGAAUCAUGUAUGUGUUUGGCGGUUCAAAUCAAACAAUAAAUGGAGUAACACGUGGAAAUUACGAUAGAACCAUGUAUAAAUUCGAUACUGCAACCGGUCUUUGGUCACAAGCACCUCUUCGUACUUCGGGAAUUGACAGCACAACAUUGCCAGGUUUCGAUUAUAGCGCCACAUUAUUAGAUGACGGAAAAAACAUUUAUAUUGGUGGACAAUUGGCGAAUGGCGUUUAUCUGGAUAUGAAUAAAAUUUGGUCUUAUAAUACUAUAAAUGACCAAUGGACACUAAAUCGUGCAGGAGGAAUAUCUGUUACUGCUAGAGCAUCGCAUUCCGCUGUAUUAGCUAAUGACCGAACUAGCAUCAUAAUAUAUGGCGGUUGGGGUGAACCAAAUCCAAUCACAGACGACCAAGCACUCAUUAUUUUAGACACGACAACUUGGACUUGGUCAAAACCAUCAAUCACAAAUCCAUCAUUAACUCGACACGCACACACCGCAACUCUUUACAAGAAUUACAUGAUUGUAGCAUUUGGUGCACACCAAGACAAAUUCGACAGCCAAAUUAUUUCAAGCAACUUCAUUUCAAUUCUCGACAUUUCGAAAUUCAAAUGGGUCACUUCAAUUGAUAAUAAUCAGACAAAUAGUCUGCCGAAUAAUCAGACAAGUAAUCCGCCGAGUAGUAGCUCGGACAAUUCCGGGAGUCGACUUGCAAUAAUUAUUGGCGCUAGCGCUGCCGGAUUUGUCGGAUUCACUAUUUUAAUAAUUGCUGGUGUGCUACUAUAUCGACAUUUAGAUCAGAAGAAAAUGAAUGAAAGGGCGGAAGCCGGGAUGUCGGAAGUUGUGGUUGUGCAGCCAAAUAUCAUUUAG